AUGAUGGAGGUACUUCGCAGUCACGGGGCCGUGACUCCUUCCGGCCCGCACUCUCCCUCCGACAUCCACACCCCGCCAGCGCCGCUUCACGGAUUUGAAGAUCACUGGGAGCCCUACACGCCGCGCAAGUCCGCACGCAUUUCCCAACGCACACAGGCCCAGGCCUCAUCUUCAUCCCGCAGCCGCGCCCGCACUCCUUCACCCCAACCAACUCCCAGACGUCACAUCUCAUCUGCUACCCCCGCCGACAAACAAUCAUCACCCCGUCAACACAAAUCGACAGGUUCGCCAAAGUCAACAAAACAUCAACCUCAUCAUCACCACCAUCACCAAUCUCAUCAGACUGAAGCUGCUGAACCUUCAUCAUCGUCAGCCAUGGUCACCCCGACCUUUACGCCCGUCAAGAAGCGCGCUGUCAAUCCUGCCCUGGAUUCAGUUCAGCGCGCGACAAGGACUCUAAAUGUCGAGCACUCCAUUCACGCCCCCGGCGGUCGCUCAACUGGAGCUGGCAGCCUCAUUACCCCCGCCAAGACCCCCAUCAAGCCGCCAACUGAGCGCAGCAAGUCUCAGCUGAAGGGAGUCACAAAGACUCUUUUCAGCAGAAAGGUUGAUGAGAAUGAGGCAAUGCCCAGUCCCAAGAAGGCGCGCGCCAAGAAGCAGAGCAGCUUGGACAGCUUUGCGGUUCACUCGGAUGAGGAGGAAAUUAGUAUUUUCACCGACUCUCAUGAGCGCGUCCCUGUGGUUGAUGACAGCAUUGAAAACCCUUUUUACGGCACCAAGAUAACGACCGCCACCACUACGACUACUACCGAGCGCACAUCCACGCGCCGGAGCACCCGCCAUCAGGUUGUCAUUCCUGGUGAGGGCGUGGUGAGUUUGGAGGAGGCAGUUGGCCGCAAGGAUGGCAUGCUGAUCAUGUUCCGCGGUAAAAAGCAAUUCCGCAAGUUCGCUGAAGUUGAAGAGGAGGUGGCGGAGGCCGAUGACGAAUUUGAGAGUGCUGUCGCAUCUCCCUUGAGACGUCCUCUCACCCGCUCUUCCAUCAAGCCCCGUCUACUGUUCCCACCCAAACCCAAAGAGUCCGAGAUGCCUGACUCAGACGAGGAGGCCCCUACCGACAUUGAGGACCACGUCCUUGAGAGCUUGAAGGCCGACGAGGAGAAGGUACACGAGGAGGAGAAGGAGGAGGAGGCCGUUGAGAUUGAGACGCCAGUCGAGGAGGCCAAGGAAGAGCCCCACACUGCCCCUGAGCUCCCAACAGAAGACAAGGAAAGGGCAAGCACCCCCGAGACGACACCGCUAGCACCAGCUUCACCGCCAGCCACAGCACGCACCACAAGAGCCGGCAGCAAGAAGGCCGCCGAAGAUACACCCAAGAAAGUCAAACCCAAGGGCAGGAAGAGUCCAUUCGACGCCUUCCGCCGCACCAAGGCCGGUGCAUCUUCCAGUGCUGGUACAAAGAGAGCCAGCGAGACACCAUCAGUCGGAGCCGGUCCAGCUAAGCGAACUAGGACUUGA